AGCUCGUGAUCUUCUGUUUUUUUGUGCAUCUUCCUCCUACGAUGUUCUUGUUUCUGAAAUUUCUGACAGCACCUUCCUUGUUUUAUCUACAUGCUUAGUUUAGAGCGCGAGGCAGGCAGGCCCCAGCCGGUAAAGUGUAAUUGAGUCUAUUUGAGAAUCAAAUUGGAUUUCUAGUACUCAUGUCUGUUGCCUUCAACAGUAAAUUUUAUCUUUGAUUUUUCUCUAAGGCGGGAAAUAGAAUCAGAAUGAUGAACGGACAUGGGUCAGGAGAGUCAUCUUAAAAAGAGUGAAAUCACUCGAAAUUAUGGAGAUUCUUCUUUUUGAAAUAAAAUGACUAUAGCACCGGCCUCGGCCGCCUCUGAUGAGAAGACCUCCAGGGCUGUUGGACGACACGCGGCGCCUAGAAUAGACGGAUCCUACUUAGUUUGGCCAUUACUAUAAUUCUGUAAUUGUAUACCCUUUGCCUAACCUUAUCUUUUUCCUAGUUAGCUUGGCUCCACCCGUACUAUAGCACAAAAAAAAUGCAGAGACUAUUGUUCCAGCACUUAUGAUUCUACCGAGGUCUUUAGUCGCGUCGCUGACCACUAUCUUCAGCGGUCAUGCUAGUGGAUCUUGUUGCGCACAGUGUGACGACAGGGGACUAUCGCGAUGAAGAGACGAACCUUUCUUGCUUGAGCCGGACCAAGAAACGAAGCGCCAUAAAGCUCAUCUCUUGCCCUAGUGAUGCUGUGCGACUCGAACUUGAUGAGGACAAGAAGCUGUUAACACGACACAUGCAGAAGAUGAAGAGGUGACCGAACAUCAGCUGUACUACCGUCCAUGUGUUGUAGAGAUCACCUCCCUGUCUUAGCAACGGAACGUGUAGAGAUCACCUCGUCGUGGACGUAGUCGUGGACUUCAUAGCAACGGAACGUGUAGAGAUCACCCCGUCGUGGACCUAGCAACGGACUGUGUAGAGAUACGUAGUUAGAGAUCCGUAGUCGUGGACUUGGCAACAGUACGUGUAGAGAUCGCCCCGUCGUGGACUACAGUAGAGCAAGAAAAUGUCUUCAGAUUUCGAUGAAGCAUACGUUGCUGACUGCAGGCAGCUUCAAAAUGGGAUCACCCAACUCCAGACAGCAACACAAGACAUUCACAGGGAGUUGAGGUAUGCAGAUUGUUAAGAACUUUUACUUUUGUUUGAGUUUGAUGCUUAAUAGAGUUCCUUCUUUAAAAGGUUACCGAUUGAUCCUCAAGGAGCAACAUAGUGGAUGGUCAAGUGCUCUCCCUGACAAUGAUCUCGACUUGUCCACCACCAAAAGCAAAAGUAUCCACAACCGAUUCAAUAAGGUCACCAGCCGCUGACAGUGCGUCCUUAUUGGAGACGCGUGGGCGAAUAGACGUCGCCAUUGCGCAGAUCUCGGAUUUACAAACGGUUCUGAAGAGGCUGAGAGCUUAUACAGUGAGUUGUCAGGAUACAGCAGAGAAGGCGCAGAAGAGGUCGCAGUACCAGCAGUUGUCGCAAAAAUUGCAGGCCGCAGCCAAAGAUCUCGAGGCUGAAAUCCAGCAGUAUAUUAAAGCCUGCAAUAGUUCACGUGGAGCUGUAGUAGGAGGAUCGUCUAGCAGCUCGUCGACGGCAGGAGCCUCAUCGGCAAAUAUUGUUAUGGCGAGUAGUAACUUUAGUUCCUUCAUGGGCUUUUUCUAUUUAUAGUUACAGCUGCUUUACCGAAUUAUGGUGGAUCAAGAUCAGUUUCCUUUGUUUUCUUGGAAGGGAUAGACUUUGUAGAAAACAGGAUCAUCUCGGUCCUGCCGCCUCGUCGUGAUUCGCAUUUUGAAACGUCCUCUUCAAUAUUAACAAGAACAAUAUCGAUACAAUUUUUCUAAUAUAACCGGCACAACAAGCGCAAGCAGCAGCAGUAGCAGUUCAACUGCGAGUAGUGCGAAUAAUUCUAGAGGACUUACCAACAGCAAUGGUUCUACCUCUCCUUCAAAACGGCCACAAACCGCUGUUGAAAUGUCGAGUAUGGGUGACACGCGGACAACGCCAGCACCCAGAAACGACGGCGUUGGUGGCUUGGGGAAUUUGCUCACGAACGACGCAGAUAGUACCUCCUCCAGCACUAAUCUCUAUAAUCAUGACAUCAACAAUCCCUACGCAUACGAAUCGAACUACGGCAGUAACCCCUACACCUCAAACGCCGACCUCCUAGACCCGUUUUCACCGUCCUCCGGAACCUCCGGAAACCAAACGCAAAAAACCGGACUACUCUACCCCGCACAGGUACUUAUUCAACCAUAUCCUCUAUAUCUGGAAAAGUUACCAUUGACUUGAAAUAUGAUUCAUCAUGCAGAGUUUCUUCUAUACGUAGUUAUAGUUUAGAAGAAAUGCAAAAAAGCCGACUGGUUCUUUUUCAAAUAAUAUUUUCACCAAGUAGAUAAAGAUCACCUGUACGUUCAACGGUUCUCCUUUCCGAAAACAAUCAUCUGAAAACUUUAACUCUCAGGAAGUGACAGAUGCUGAGCUCGAGCGUGGUCGCCUACAGCAAAUGCUUAAUGUCCAAGGGAGAAUGGAAGACCUACAGAACAUCUACGUGGACUUGUCGGAACACGUCAUGUUAAGGCUAGUAUGAUGGUAGAUAUGGUUGCAUCCUCAACUAACAGCAUCCUUGGCCUGGCUUUUUUAAAAACUCCGAAAGAAAUUCGAAUUGCUAACAAAAUAUUUUGCCCUGCUAGGCUUGUCACGACUGUCAGUUUGCAGCUUCCACUUCAAAAAACGCACACAAGGUAGGAUGUUCUACCCAAGGAUGCCACCUAUACUCUUGUUGCUCUAAUAAUGCGAGCGAGUGAAAAUUUUGGUAGCAUAGAAGCCCACGUGCUACGAACAGCAGAGAUGACGCAUGAUGCAGUGAACGAGAUCAAAAUAACGGCCAAUCGCGACUUCCGGAGUUACUAUCGGCGCGCUUCAGCAGCAAUGCUCUUCAUUCUCUUUUUACUGUGGAAUAUGCUCUUCUAG